GAGUGUUAAGCGAUUAGGCACUCGAGAGGAACCAACCAAACCAUACCCGUCGACGUUUUUAUUCAUCCCCAUCUGAAGCAACAGAAAACCCCCAAAACCCUAGAAUUUCAGGAUUCCUCUGCAAUCUCUGACACAAAGCGCGAGAGAUUGAGAGCAGCAACAGCAAUGGAGUUCGACGAGUAUGACUACUUGGAGAAGACGGUGGAGGACCAUGACGACAGAGAUUCGUCUAAGAAGACCAAAAAAGACAGCUCCGAGAAAACCUACCGGAAGCGCGACGAGCUCGACGACGAUCUAGACGCUGCCGCCUACGACGGGCGCAUCAAGAAAUCCAGGGCCGAGGAAGAGAACGGCUCCAGGAAGGAUCGGGAUGGCCGCGAUAGGGAGCGGUCCUCCCGCGACAAGGACCGCCACAGGCACCGCAGCAGCGACAGGGAAAGAGACGGUGAGCGGAGCAGCAGAGACAGAGAUAGAGACAGUGAGAGGAGCAGCAGGGACAGAGAGAGGGAGAGGGAGAAAAGCAAAGAGAGGGAUAGGAGGGAGAGGGACAAAGAGAGGGAGAAGAGAGAAAGGGAUAGAGAGAAGGAGAAGGAGAAGGAGAAGGAGAGGGAAAGAGAGAGAAAGGAGAGGGAGAGGGAGAGGGACAGAGAACGAGAGGAGGGGUCCAGGAGGAGCAGGUCUCGUUCCGAGCGAGACAGAGAAAGAGAGAGGGAACGUGAUUUUGACUCGAGAGAUGGCCGGAGACAGAGGGAAAAGAAAGAAGCUGCAGAGCCUGAGGCAGAUCCCGAAAGGGAUCAGCGAACUGUUUUUGCCUACCAGAUGCCUUUGAAGGCAACAGAGAGGGAUGUUUAUGAGUUCUUCUCUAAAGCUGGCAAGGUGAGGGAUGUUCGUCUUAUCAUGGAUAGGAACUCAAGAAGAUCUAAAGGAGUUGGGUAUAUUGAAUUUUAUGAUGUGAUGUCAGUGCCAAUGGCAAUUGCGCUCUCUGGCCAACUUCUCCUUGGACAGCCUGUGAUGGUUAAACCUUCUGAGGCUGAAAAGAACCUUGUUCAAUCUAAUACUACUAGUGGAGCUGCUGGUGUAGCAGGACCAUAUGGAGCUGUAGACAGGAAACUGUAUGUAGGGAACCUUCACUUCAACAUGACCGAGAGUCAACUGAGAGAGAUUUUUGAGCCAUUUGGUCCAGUGGAGCUUGUACAAUUGCCACUUGAUCUGGAAACUGGACAUUGCAAGGGUUUUGGGUUUGUUCAAUUUGCUCAUCUUGAGCAUUCCAAGGCAGCUCUGAGUUUAAAUGGAAAACUGGAAAUUGCUGGCAGGACUAUCAAGGUCUCAUCUGUAACUGAUCAUGUUGGAAGCCAAGAUACAACUGCGAAAUCUGCAUACUUCGAUGAUGAUGAAGGUGGAUUGGCUUUAAACGCUCAAUCAAGAGCUUUACUUAUGCAGAAGCUGGAUCGCUCUGGCAUUGCUGCUAGCAUUGGCGUUCCACCAGUUGUGAAUGGGUCGGCCCCUGCACAGCAAGCUGUUAGCUUGCCUAUUGGUAAUCCAGGCAUAAUACCAGCACCAGCUCUCCCAACACAACUUAUGACUAACCCAGUUGCCGAGCCUGUUGGAACCCCCAGCGAGUGUUUACUGUUGAAGAAUAUGUUUGAUCCGGCCACUGAGACAGAACCAGAUUUUGAUUUAGACAUUAAAGAGGAUGUAGAAGAAGAGUGUUCUAAGUAUGGGCGGGUGAAGCAUAUCUCUGUUGACAAAAACAGUGCAGGUUUUGUGUAUUUGCAGUUUGAAACAGUGGAAGCAGCAAGUGCCGCUCAACGUGCAUUGCACCUGAGGUGGUUUGCACGUAGAUUGAUUUCAGCUUUGUUCAUGCAACCUCAGAUGUAUGAAGAGAAGUUUAAAGGUGAGGUUUGAUAGUGUGUGCUUCCGGGCCUUGUGGUGGCUCUUAAUGAUGACAAUCUGCAAAUUAUUUCUUAUGUUAGUUUUCAGAAAUCGAGUUCGCGUUUAUAAAUUUUGAUUUAUCACUCGUAUUUAGAUGUACGAAUACAGAAAUUCUACUGUGUAGGUGGGGUUUUUCACUUUCAUAAUUUGCUCGGUGACACACUUAUAUUCUACAUCAUGUUUACAAUUUUAUAGUUAAAUAGUACUUGUGUAAAAAUUUCUCUUAAUGUGAGAACUUUGAAAUGGCAGUAUGUAAAAAUAUUGAUUAA